AUGAUAGCUUGCAUCAACUUUGUUCCAGCUCCGGCGGAGGACAAAGGUGCUGAUCUUCAUCUAUGGCGCCACAGGGAUGAGGAGGACAAACCGACUUUUUCUAGCAAAGCAACAUGGGAGCAACGUCGGGUCCACAACCCAAAACUCUCUUGGUGCAAAGCUGUUUGGCUUCAACAGAGCAUUUCUCGGUUUGCCUUUAUCACAUGGUUAGCUUUUCAGGACAGGCUGUCUAUGGGAGCGAGAAGUAGAGCUUGGGGUUGUGUGCAACCGUGCCUCUUUUGUGGUGAACUGGAUGAGACUCGCGGCCACCUGUUCUUCGCUUGCCCUUACUCCUUUACGGUGUGGAUCGAUCUAGUAGGGUUUCUACUGGGCUCUCGUGUGAAUCCCGACUAG